UUUGAACUGGGCAGAGUGAGGGCAAAAGGGGAAAGAAGAGAAACCUGGGACUUUCCUGUCAUCUGGAAGCAAAGCCCUUUUUAUUUAAGCAAGCUGCUAAGGAUUAAGCAGAGAAGAUUCUCAUUUAUAUAGGGAGGACAUUCCUAUUCCUCACCUAAUGUUAUUCCUGUUUCUGAAGGUGAACCGCACACAACACAGAGAAACUGGAAGUAAGAUGGAUAGUGUUCCUUCAAAUGUGCUAAUCAAAGUGUCACCAACAUUUCAGAAAAUGUGGCUAAAGAAGCUUUUGCUGAAUACACGGAAAGCAAGUGCUGCUACAGCAAAGAUCCAGCCAGAGAGAUGGUGAUUUGUGAUUUAAAACCAUUCAAUACAUACAGAUAUCGUUUGGAGACUUUCAGUGAAUUAAGGUCUUGCAAAUGGAAGUCUGAACCUUAUAAAGGUCAACCUGUCAACCCCAAUCUGUGCACCGAAGCUCCUUUCCCUUGGGAUGUCCCAGUUGAGGUUUCCCCCAUGUUUAAAGACCAGAAGACAAAAGUCAAGGUGCCUUGUACAUCAUCAGUAGAGUAUUUCCUUUUUAAGGAGUGUGGACAUUGCAGAGGUCGGGGUAAAACUAGGUGCAGCAGAUGUCAUGGAACUGGAUCGGUAACCAGUACCACGGGAGAUCAUCAAAUGUUUACGUCAUGUUCUUUUUGUGGUGGUUCAGGAAAGCGAAAAUGCUCCAAGUGCUCAGGAAAAGGAAAGUUGCUGACUUACCUUCAGCUAAAAGUAAAAUGGAAGAAUCAUAUUUUUGAAUAUGUGAUGGAUCAUGGCUUCGGGUUUCCUAUAAAGUGUUUUGAAAAAUCUCAUGGACAAAAUAUUUUAUUUGAUGAGCAACAUAUGGUAUCUCCAGUAGUGGAUUUCCCGGAAAAUACCAUAAAGAAUGUCUCUCAGAGAGCUGUUCAACAACAUCAGGAUGAAUUUAUAGCUCCUAUACCAGGGCAAGUGCAUUCUCCUGAUCAUGGAAUUGCCACCUGGAAUGCUAUUGCACAUCCUCGUGUUAAGUUUCCAGCCACAAUGAGCAUUCGGAAGCAGAAACAAAUAAUCGAGUUGCUCUACCUUACCAGGGUGGAAUAUGAAUGGCACGGGAAGCACUAUUCCUACUAUGUUUAUGGAAAUGAAAACAAGGUGUAUGCAGAGUAUUAUCCUAAAAAGUGUUGCUGCACUGUCAUGUGAUUUAUGGACCUUCCAACGAAUCUCUCAUGGUUAGAAUAUUUAGAUGACUGUACUUCCCUCUUCAGUUGUUUAUGAGAACUAUGUAUGGAGGAUACUGCCAUUCUCAAAAGAAAAUGGUGGAUUAUUGUAUUUGCCUGGCAGACAAAGGAAAUCUCAUGCUUGCACAUUGCAGAACAAGACUGGCUUUUCUUAGAAUAAUAUAAAAACUUGAGAGAAAGAUGGAAAAGCAUUCUCCUUUAUAAUUCCUGAUUUUAUUGGCUGAAUUGAUGUAACUGAAACAUUUCUUCCUAGAUUAAAGAGAAAGUGCACCAUGGCCUCAGAACUAGCUUCAGAAUGUUCUAUUUGUUUAUUUUAUUUUUGUCUGGGGUGGAAUGGGGAGGGAAGUGAGGAGGCACUGGAAGUCUUUUCAUUUUAUGUAUGUAAUAUUCUGUUUGAUAUAAAAUAUUAUUCUAAUGGAAUGCACUUUUGGAUGUAACAGUCAUAAAAUAUAAGGUAAUAGAUUGUGUGUGUAUGUGUGUGUGUGUCCCUUUUGAGAUUCCGUUUUGGGGAACAUCCUAGUGAUAUUAAGAACAAGAACACAGGUACUCCUCAUAAUGUAACAGAAAUUUCAGGAAACUUAAAAAUCUAGGACUGACAGAGCAAAAGAAUUGGCAAGAGGACCUAGUAACUGAAAAUCCAUAAGUUUAUUUCCAAUUGUCGCAGUGGAAUUCAAGU